GGGUGAGGAAGCUCUGAGCUGGACUAACGCUGGACGUGCACGGGCUGUGGUCACUAACGGGCAGCGCUGAUCGCUGAUGAGGGGCCUCGUCUCUGCUGCACUGAAGUGAGCCUCGCCGUCAAACAUGAAUAUCUGGAUAACGGUGGUCUCGUUCAUGGCCGUGUCUCUGAGCUUCACGGAGAUGUUUGACAUUUACGGAGAGAUCUGCGGAGGGCUGUGCGUUUGCGAAGAGCGAGACGGAGUUUUGACAGCCGGCUGUGAGAACAGAGGCAUCGUCAGCCUCUCUGAUGUCGGGCCUUUGCACUUCAACACAUAUCAUCUCUUGCUCACAGGCAACCUUCUGAAAAAGCUUUCGCUUAAUGAUUUCGUGCAUUACCAAGGUCUCACUAUUCUGCAUCUGGGCAACAACGACAUAGCGGAAAUUGAGAGCGGGGCUUUUAAUGGACUUCAGGGAUUAAAGCGCUUGCACUUGAACAACAACAAAAUUGAAGUGCUGCGGGACGACACUUUCGUCGGCCUCGAGAGUCUGGAGUACCUUCAGAUCGACUACAACUACGUCAGUCAUAUCGAGGCGAAUGCCCUCAACAGGCUGCGUCAUCUGGAGGUACUGAUUCUGAAUGACAACCUGCUGUCUGCCCUGCCAAAAAACAUUUUUCAGUUUGUUCCUCUAACGCAUCUCGACCUCAGAGGGAACCAGCUUAAGCUGCUCCCCUACAGCGGCCUUCUGGAGCACAUGGGCGGGAUCGUGGAGCUGCAGCUUGAAGAAAACCCGUGGAACUGUUCUUGCGAGCUCAUCGCACUUAAAGCUUGGCUGGAGAGCAUCUCGUACACGGCACUGGUGGGAGAUGUGGUUUGUGAGACGCCAUUCCGGCUGCACGGCAGAGACCUUGACGAGAUCUCUAAGCAGGAGCUGUGUCCCAGGAGAGCCAUAGCCGAGUACGAGAUGCGGGCCGAACCGGUUCAUGGCGCAGAGGGGAUCUUCAGGACCACAGUUGCUGGCGCAGCAACCGCAUCUUUCACCUCCUCCAACAUCCAACGUUCUACACGGCCCACUAAGAGCCCUCGUCAGUCAGGGAAGCUGCGUGCCAAACCCACCUCACGGGUCUCCUCGAGCAAGCCGCAGAACUAUGGACCGAUGGUGGCUUACCAGACCAAAUCCCCGGUAUCCCUCGAAUGUCCCGCCGCAUGCACUUGCAAUCUCCAGAUUUCAGAUCUCGGCCUGAACGUCAACUGUCAAGAGAGGAAGAUUGAGCGCAUCUCGGAUCUAGACCCCAAACCCUACAACCCGAAAAAGAUGUACCUCACAGGAAAUUACAUCCCUUCAGUGCACAGUUCCGACUUUUCAGAAGCUACCGGGUUAGACUUGCUUCACUUGGGGAACAAUCGGAUAUCUGUUAUUCACAGCAGAGCAUUUGGGGAGCUGGUGCACUUGCGCAGGCUUUAUUUAAAUGGGAACUUAAUAGAGAGGCUCACUGACGAUAUGUUUUAUGGCUUAGAAAGUCUCCAGUUUCUUUACUUGGAAUACAAUGUCAUCAGAGAGAUAGCAGUGGGCACCUUUGAGCAGGUACCCAAUCUUCAGUUGCUCUUCCUCAACAACAACCUGCUCAAAGCAUUACCCCUGGGAGUGUUCAGCGGACUGAGCCUGGCGCGGCUGAAUCUGCGCAACAAUCAUUUUCGGAGCCUGCCGGUAGGCAGUGUUUUAGAGGAACUGACGUCCCUUGUGCAGAUAGAUCUGUUUGAGAACCCCUGGGAUUGCUCCUGUGCUAUUGUGGAGAUGAAAAACUGGUUGGAGCAGCUCAGCGCCGGAACUGUAGUGAACAGUGUGAUCUGUGAGUCUCCUCCGAGGCUGUCAGGAGAGGAUGUGCGCUACAUUCAUUCCUCUCAUCUAUGUCCAAACAACUCGAACACUCCUGCAUCUGCUGUUCCGCCCUCGGAAGAAUCUUUCCCAGGCAGCACCAUCACCUUGGAAACGGCGUUGGAUUUCGACACACAGUAUCCCGCAAUCCCUCUCUCUGUGCUCAUCCUGGCUUUGCUCAUCAUCUUCAUCAUGUCCGUUUUCAUCGCCGCCGGUCUUUUCGCAGUCAUGAUGAAACGGCGCAAGAAGGCCGAACGUGCCGCCUCCAUGGGCGCCAACGUGAGCUCCUUCAACACCCUUUACAGUGACCGAUCGACGACAAAGGUCAGGACCUCUGCAGGUCAUGUGUAUGAGUACAUCCCUCCUGCAGUGGAGGGCACAUCCAAAAGAGCCCCCUACGGCCCGGGUGAGGGCACCGCAGGGGAAGGGUACAGAGACUUUGACGAGCUAAACGGCGGGUUGGCAUCUAACUCAGACGAGGAUGUCGGGAGCACCGCGGUUGGCUCCGAAUUCAGUGCCUGCACGCCAGAUCCCCUCAACAGAUCGUCUCCGCUGCAAGACGAUAGCUUUUUUUAUCGAGACAUCCUGGCGAGAGACCAGCAGGCGUCCUACAGGGCCAAUUUACCGUGUAAGCACGGUACACAUGUUUCAACUCACUAUGCACCAGACUUUGAUGUCAGACAUCAGUACUUGCAUCCAGACAGGAUACAGCAGACCAUGGUGUACUGCUCAGCGCCAGCCACGGUCUACGUGGAGCCCAACAGGAGCGAAUACUGGGAACUAAAAGCCAAGCUUCAUUUCGAGCCAGAUUAUUUGGAGGUUCAUGAAAAAAGGACAACUUUCACUCAGUUCUGAGUUGCCACAUAUGUACCCCUCCCCCUCCCCCUCUGUAAAGGGUUAUAUAAAUGUGAACUGAUUACUCUCUGAUGUUUGAACUCAUGUAUUCUCCAAAGUCUCCAGUGGAGGUAUGUCUUUCAUGUGGAUGAUGUCUUGGUUUAUGUACCAAAUUAUCUACAUGCUCAAUGAAAUCUUUC